CAUAACCAUACAAAUAAGAAAGAGAGAAUUAAGACAUAAACAAGACAAACAAGACAAACAAGAAAAAGAGAAUUAAAAUUAGUACAUAAAAAUGGUGGUCGCUAAUGAUCUCUCGCCCAAGAUUCACCCCAGAGUUCUCAUCGUCUCUCGUCGGACUCUCCGUAAGAACAAGUACGUGGACUUCGUAGGAGAAUACCAUCUCGAUCUCAUUGUCUCCUCCGGUGCCGUCCCUGUCAUCGUGCCUCGUGUCAAUGGGAUCCAUUCUAUGCUCCAGAGCUUCGAGCCCAUCCAUGGCGUCCUUCUCUGCGAAGGAGAAGAUGUAGAUCCUUCUCUCUAUGCCGACGCAGAAUCCUCAGGUCUCUCACCGGAAGACAUGGAGGAGAUCAAGAAGGUGCAUGCAGGGGACAUGACCAUCGACCGAGAGAAAGACAGCAUUGAACUGACCCUAGCUAGACUCUGUCUUGAAAGAAACAUUCCUUUCUUAGGCAUUUGUCGUGGCUCUCAGAUUCUCAACGUUGCCGCAGGUGGAACUCUUUACCAAGACAUCGACAAAGAACUCGGAACUACAACAACGACGACUAAGCAUAUAGAUUAUGACAACUACGAUGGACACAGGCACGAGGCUAGAAUCGUGGAGGAGACGCCGUUGCAUACGCUGUUCAAGGAGAUGGAGAUAAUGGUGAACUCGUAUCACCAUCAAGGUGUGAAGAGACUGGCGCAACGUUUUGCGCCCAUGGCUUACGCUCCUGAUGGUUUGAUUGAAGGAUUUUAUGAUCCGAAUCGCUAUGAUCCAAAGGAAGGUCAAUUCUUGAUGGGUCUGCAGUUUCAUCCCGAGAGGAUGAGGCUUUCGGGCUCUGAUGAGUUUGAUUAUCCAGGCUGCGCUUUAGUUUAUCAGGAGUUUGUGAAAGCUGUGAUCGCAUUUCAGAAGAAACAAGUAAACGCAACACAGAUGGAGAUGAAGAGAAAGACAACGACGCUCGUCAAAAGCUUCUCCCAAGCCGAGUUUCUAGAGGCAAAUACGGUUCUAAGCAAGCAACAAGAGAAUAGGCUGAAGCAGAUGGGAGCGACGGUGAGGAACUCAUGUGUGUAUAUGAAACGGAUGAAAAGGAAAGAGGAGCAAGAGAGAGCAAUGGACAAAUUUUCCGCGGAGCGGUUGUCUGAUCUACUUUCCUUCCACCAUAUGAUGGCUCGUCUUUGCUCCGAUGCCAUCAAGAGGAAACUACUAGAACCCGAAGCCACAGAUAGGACCAUUGAAUCCUCUUUUUUUCUCAACUAUUAGCUUUUAUUGCAAAAACAGUGUUACACAUAAUAAGAAAACUAGCAUUCCGUGCACUUACAGAAGCUACCAACUGAAAACUUUUGACGGUAUCCUAUAUGUAUGGUUUCCUCAGGACA